AUGUCUUAUUCCCAAACACAAAACUCCGAUCGUUCUACGCAUAACAAAACCGAGCGUUCAGUGAACGAGCACAGCAAAACCAAGCCUCCCGUCAAUGAAGAAGUCUCUGCAGUACCUUUUCCUUUGGCCAGAGCAUCUUUAGUCCGCAGAGAUUCGGCAACUGAAGACUCGCCUAGCUUUUAUUGUCUUCCGGAAGCGAAAUCGAUUACCAAAACCAGUGGCAAACCACCCGUCUUCCGCCGUACAAAUUCUGACCAAGCAAGUCACGCCGAACCCGGGCAUACCGAAACCUCUAAUCAAGCUAGUCACGCCGAACCCGGACAUACCGAAACCUCUAAUCAAGCUAGUUACGCCGAACCCGGACAUGCAGAAAUGUCUCAUACUCUGAACGGCACAUCUGGAAUCAUUGGGCAAGAUGCAGUUGAGCCCCCUGCGCCAGGAUCACCAAAUUCUGAUGUACUUCUAAUUCCGGAUCCCAAAAUUGCGCUGCGGAAGGAGAAUUUUUUUGACUGUGAUCACGGCGUCCGCUAUUCGAUACUAUACGAGCUACCAUACUUCAAUCCUCUAUCACAUGCAAUUGUCGAACCCAUGCAUAAUAUUUUCCUUGGUUUGCUGGGCCAUCAUGGCAAAGAUUUGUUCGGACUUAAGAUAUCCGACAACCGAAAGAAAGAGCGCGGAUUUCGAUCAACGGCGCGACCUGCCGAAUCAGAUGAAGAGAGCGAUAAAGAGGACGAUCCUGAAGUUUGUGGUACCGACCUUGGCAUUGUGAAGCAAGAAGAUGUAUCAUUUUCUAAUGAAGAUAAUCAGCCCAUCGAGGGACUGCUUGCAGAGUUCCGUGACUUUGAUUUCGCUGGUAGCAACUCAGAGCCUGCAGAUUCCGACGAGGAAUCCAAUCAAAGCUCAGCGGAAGAAGACGACGAUGAUGAUUGCACAGAUUCGGUCGAUGACAAUAUUCCUACUGAAUUGAAUCCCCUUGGAGCGAAAUUCUUUGGCGAGGCCAAAAACCUGGAGAUACUUCGUGAAGUCAACAGAGAGUUUCAGCUUCCCAGUUGGAUUGGUCGGGUCCCGGCGACAUUUUUGCCUGAUUCUCUGAAGUUCAGCCAUCGCACUCGGCGCGCCCUCUCAACGCGCCUAUUCCCCUUUCUAUCCUCACCCUCUGCGAACAACACAACCCCUGAUCCUCUCUCUGACCUCUUCGCCGCCAUCUACUCGCCGAAGACUACUGUCCAGUAG